CACUACAUCAACACAUUUUCCAUAAAUACACUCCACCCCUCAAACCACCCCUCUCAGACCCACAAAUUCCCCUUAUACCCAGCCCAUAACUCCAAACCAUAAUGCAAAACCAGCAACCCCACUCCACCCACCUGAUCAUUGUCUGCUGCCACGCCAUAUACACCGGCGGGCCUACAAACGGUCAAUCGGAAGAUGAAUGGAUCAUAGAACCCUUCCAAAAGGGCGAAACACCAACGUUCACAAACCACGUCAAGGCAGGAUUACAGGCUUUGGCUAAUGAUCCUGAUGCCUUGUUGGUGUUUUCUGGGGGACCUACGAAGAAAGGACGCACGGAUCUUGCGGAGGGGGUGUCGUAUCUUAACCUCGCCAAAGACAACAACUACUUCGACUUCGCUCCGCGGAUAGACCCCGCACAAGUGGUCGCUGAGACCUACGCUACAGAUUCAUACCAGAAUGUCUUGUUCUCGAUGCUCCGGUUUAGACUGUGCACGGGUGUUUAUCCGCGCCGGGUGACUGUCGUGACGCAUGAGUUUAAACGGAAGCGGUUCGUAGAGUGUCAUUUUCCGGCCUUGGGCCUCUCCAGCUCUGCAUCUACGGUUGUUGGGAUUAAUCCGCCCGAGGAGGUGACGCCGUUGGCUUCCCUUGUGGCUGGGGAGGAGAAAAGUGGGAUUGGGUUGUGGAGGAGUGAUAGAUAUGGGGUGCAGAGGGAGUUAGCCGGGAAGAGGGUUAAGCGUGGGUGGAGGGCCGGGAUGGAGGAUGGGGUGUUUGUGAAUGUGGGUUUGGAGGCUGUUGUGGAGGAGUUGGUGAGGUGGGAUGGAGGGGAGAACGGGAAUGAAAGGUUUCCUAAAAUGGAGGAGUUGCCUUGGUGGGGACAGGUGUAAUAAUGUAAUAAUGCAGAUAGAUUCGUUAGUCAUUGGUAGAUAGCAAUCAUGCUGGUUGUGAGAAAAUAGAUGUAGAAUACACAAUGAUGAAAAGAUGCCCGAAAUGCUCCCGAAUUCAGAUCCCGCCCUCUCUUCCGUAACGCCUCCGUUUAAACACCUGAUGAUGUGGAGAAGUGACUAGUCAGCAAGACGAUAGCUGACUAGUGUCUCUACGCGGUGGUUGUUGGUGCUGAAG